ACUGACAGUCAGUGGAGCCAAUUCUUUAAUUUAUACAGAAGAGAUUUCAGACAGACGGCCCACUUGCUUGUACAAACUCUGUGAAGAUGUGAUGAAAUUCAAAAGUUGACUAAAGAACCUUUAGAAAAAAGUACUGAGAACAAGGAAGUAACUUCUACAUCUAUUUCCACUUAUAAAACUAAAGUUUAAGACAAGCACUCAAGAAGUAAAAUCAAACACCAUGAAGAUCGCCACGUUCUUAUUGGUAUUAUGUAUGACUGUGACCUCAAAUGCAUUGAUUCGAAUCCCCCUAAAGAAGCUUCAGUCUGUCAGGCGCAUACUCAUGGACAAUAUGUCCAUCGAAGAGCUCAGAAACCGAGCAAAAGACACAGAGGUCCUAAAUCAAAGUUUGCACCCCAACCUCAAGGGAAUCCCUGAAAAGCUUACCAACUACUUAGAUGCACAAUACUAUGGAGACAUCUUCAUUGGGACUCCUCCUCAGAAAUUUACUGUAAUAUUUGACACCGGCUCCUCCAAUCUCUGGGUUCCUUCUGUCAAGUGUUCCUUCUUUGACAUAGCAUGUUGGUUCCAUAAAAAGUAUAACUCCAAAACUUCUUCAACCUACAAGCAAAACAACACAGAAUUCUCAAUCCGUUAUGGAACCGGUAGUCUCAGUGGGUUCCUAAGCCAAGACACAGUCACUAUUGGAACCACACAAGUCCCAAACCAAACAUUUGCUGAGGCAGUCAAGCAGCCUGGUAUAGCCUUUGUUUUUGCUCACUUUGAUGGCAUUCUUGGAAUGGGAUAUCCAAAUAUCUCUGUUGAUGGUGUCCUUCCAGUUUUUGACAACAUGGUGCAACAGAAGCUGGUAGAAAAUAACAUAUUUUCGUUUUACUUGAACAGAGAUCCUGUGGCCGAGGUUGGAGGUGAAUUACUCCUGGGAGGUACAGACCCACAAUAUUACACGGGAGACUUCCAUUACCUGAAUGUUACACGUCAAGCGUACUGGCAAAUCAAGGCAGAUGAGGUUAGAGUUAGUAACCAGCUCACGCUUUGCAAGGGAGGCUGCCAGGCAAUUGUGGACACUGGAACCUCCCUAAUUACUGGACCUGUUCAAGAGAUUCGUGCCCUUCACAAAGCUAUUGGAGCUUUACCUCUUUUUGGAGGCGAGUAUUUGAUAAUCUGUGAUAAGAUUCCAACUUUACCAACCAUUUCAUUCGUCCUUGGAGGGAUGCAAUACAAUCUCACUGGGGAACAAUAUGUGUUAAAGAUAACACAGAUGGGACGGACAAUGUGUAUCAGUGGAUUCAUGGGAAUUGAUAUCCCGCCUCCUACAGGCCCAUUUUGGAUUUUGGGGGAUGCCUUCAUUGGGCAGUAUUACACAGUUUUUGACAGAGGGAACAACCGUGUGGGUUUUGCUAAAGCAAAAUAAAAAUAACAACAUUUUCAUGUAUAUAAAAGUGACAAGUUCUAUGGCUUAUUUAACAACAAAUCAUGUGUUUGAAUUACGCUUGUAAGAAUAAAAUAGCUUUAGGAGUAACACUUUUUUUUCCAAACUGAUUAUUUUUAUCUAAAAGACAAUGUGUAAGAGUAAAAAAUCAAUGUGUAUUCAAAA